CGGGGGAGGGGGGCGCGGGGCGGGGGGAGGAAGGAGACGAGGGGAAGCGAAGCGGCCGUCGCCGCCGCCGCCGCGUUCCUCAGUUCUCAGUGUGGGCUCCGUGGCGCAGGCAGGGACUGUGAGCGAGGGGCGUGGGGGAGCCGGCUGAGAGCGGCGGCUCCGAGGUGGCCGCGGCGCCAUGGGGGGGCGGUAGGAGCGGGCCCGGCGGGCCGUGUGGGGGAGAAGAGGCAGCGGCAGUUGUAGGGCUCAUCUCCCCGGCGGCGGCCCGAGCGCGGCGGCGGUUGGCGGGCAGUAGCCCGGCCCUCCGGCGGGCCAGGCUGGGGCUGAGGGGGUGGGGUGUGUGGUGAGCUCGGGGCCUGGGGGGUGGGGAGGUGAAGGAGGCCCCGGGGUGGAGGGGAGAGAGAGCAGCCGGCCGCUGGGCCCCGCCGCCAGCUCGCCAGACGACGAGGACGACGAGGAGGAAGAGGAGGAAGAAGAAGGGGAGAGGAAGGAGGAGGAUGGAGGAUAAGAAGGAGGAAGGCGAAUCCGAGAUCCAGGAGCACGGGCCCGAGCAUUGGUUCACCAAGUGGGAGCGGCAGUGCCUGGCCGAGGCCGAGCAGGAGGAGCAGCUGCCCCCAGAGCUGCAAGAAGAGGCGGCCGCUGCGCAGCCCGAGCACAAGCAGCAGAAGCUGUGGCACCUCUUCCAGAACUCGGCCACUGCCGUGGCCCAGCUUUACAAAGAUCGAGUGUGUCAACAGCAAGGACUUUCCCUCUGGGUUCCCUUCCAAAAUGCAGCCACUGCCGUUACCAACCUCUACAAAGAAAGCGUGGAUGCCCAUCAACGAAGUUUUGAUCUAGGAAUUCAAAUUGGCUAUCAGCGACGCAAUAAGGAUGUGUUAGCAUGGGUUAAAAAACGCAGAAGAACUAUUCGUAGAGAAGACUUGAUCAGCUUCCUCUGUGGAAAAGUUCCUCCUCCACGAAACUCUAGAGCUCCCCCAAGACUAACUGUAGUAUCCCCUAACCGAGCUACUUCAACAGAAACUAGCUCAUCUGUAGAGACUGAUUUGCAACCCUUCCGUGAAGCCAUAGCUCUGCAUGGUCUUAGUGGCGCAAUGGCUAGUAUAAGCGUUCGUUCAAGUACUCCAGGCUCUCCUACUCAUGUAAGCAGUGGAUCGAAUGCUAGUCGAAGGAGAAAUGGACUCCAUGAUGUGGAUUUGAACACUUUCAUAUCAGAAGAAAUGGCACUCCACUUGGACAAUGGUGGAACUAGAAAGCGUACCUCAGCCCAAUGUGGCGAUGUCAUUACAGACUCACCAACUCAUAAACGCAACAGAAUGAUCUAAACUGCAAAAUUUUCAAACCCACCAUGCUGCUUGAAAGCCACUUGAUCCUCAACAUACUAUUGAAAAGGAAACAGGAGGCCAUCUUCCCUUGUUCACUGUUUAAGACAAGUGAAUUCAAUAAUGAUUGCCAUAAAGGAAGUUUUAGGUAUUACAGUAGAUGCCUCUUGUAACUAUGGCUUUCUUAAACUAUAAUCCUAGCAGAGGACAUCAGAUAUUGUGUAGUAGUUAGCAAGAUCAUCAUAGGCAAACAUGUAUCCGUUCCAAGGCUAAAAGUGACCUUACUUGUAUUCUUAAAGGGAAAGGAAAUAUCAGAUGUUUAUUUGGUUAUAGAAUGCUUUUUUGUCCUUUAUUUCCUGCUGUGUUGAGUAUUUUGCUUCAACAGUAUUUGCCAGUUGACUGAAAUUGUCUAAAACAUGACUUGGCAUAUUUGUCAAAUCUGCAGGCUUCCAUUUUCGCAGCACUGUACCAUGCACCUAGUUUCUAUAUAGUAACAGUGUGCAAGUUAUAAAUAUUGGACUGUGCCCUUUUUAGUUUUAAAAGCAGUUGAUAAUUCUGGUGAUUGUGUGAUAAUGUAAAGAGGUGCUAUGAUGGUCAUGCAAUUAAUACUUAAUAUUGAAUCAAUACAAGGAUCUUUAUUGGAUUCACUUUGUGUGUUUUAGUGCUCUAAAAGUAGCAAUAUUAAACUUUUCCCCAAUUAACCUCAUAGACUUUAAAAUUUUCAGUUUUGAAAUGAUAUAAUGUACUUAUUUACAUGCCGGUACUGUCCUUGUGGUAAGUGUAAGCACUGCAGACUACACUCUGAGUGACCUAAAUUUAGAGAGGUCUUGAAAUUUGAGAAUAGGCUUCCUUUUGGGUUCAGUAUUAGUGAAGGGGUAGGUAUCGUAUGCAACUAUAUAUCCAGUUUUACAUUUCUCAUGAAUGCCCAUGUUUGUGGCAGGUGUUACUUUGGGUUGGGUGGAGGGUAAAGGUAUGCAUUUUUGCCUGCUAAUGAACAAGAUAUGAUCACUGUUUAAAUAAAAGGGGGGGGAGGGGAAACCAAUUGGAAUAUCAUUCUUAAAAAAUGGAAUCUCAUACAGGUUCUAUAAUUGUUAGGUAGACCUAAACAAAAGUUCUUUCCAGAAGACUUCUGGACAAAUGUAAAACCUCUUAUAGCUACAAUGUUUUGAAGCAUGUUUUAUCUUCAUCUUCUAAUAUCUUGAACCACAUGUAGUGUUCUUUAGAUGAAGAACUUAAUGUAAGCCUGCCAGCCGCUGUAAUUUACUAAAUGGCAUUCUUACAUCACGUAGGACAAAGAUAAGAGUGUUUCCUUGCCCUUUAUCAGUUAUUUACUAUUUUUAUCUCAAGACUAUUGCAAAUCAAUGUAGGGAUUUUCCAAUAAUUAAUUAUAGCACUUAGCUAAAGUUUGCAGUUUAUUGAACCACUUUGUUACUUAAAAUAGUCUUGUGAAGACUUAAAUGAAAUUUGGCUAAAGUUGACCCUAAUACUCAUUGGACUAGAAGGACGUGAAUGGAAUUUUGCAAGUUUGGAAUGAACUGAGAUUCUGGACUCUUUUUUUUUUUUAACCUUACUUUUCGUGCUUGAGCUUGAAAUGAAAAUCCAUUCUAAGACAAAAUUUAGGCAUGAUUUUAAAAAUCGUCCACUUUUGCAGAAUGACUUAUACACACAUACACAUAAUACAGAUGUACACACACAAAUACACACACAUACUUUCACUGUCUCUUGUAAGGAAUACAGCCGCAGGUGGAAUUAUAGUGCUCUGUCAUAUUUAACCUGAAACGGAAAAUGCCUAUGUAUUAUGAACACUUUCCCCAGCCUUCCACUUAAUAAGAAUUCACAAAGAAAUGCAUCUAAGAUCAUCUUUGUUUUUCUAUUGCUUGUAAACUGAAUGCUGGGGUGUAUUGAUGUGAUGCUAAGAGUGGAUGGUGCUCCUAUGCUUCUGGAGCUUGAGGUAGUAGAACACAUUGAUUUAAUCCAUCCCUUAUGUACUUUUGUUCUAGCUCCUCUUUUCCAAGUUGAAUAACAAUUUUUUUUUUGUUUAAGUUGGUGCUCUGAACCUUAGUCCUAGUACCCUUUACACUAAAUUGUCAAAUUUUGAUAAACUUGUGCCAUUUUCUUUGGUAAGAGAAAGCAGGUCUUAAUGUCUGCCAGAACACAAUUUAUAAGCCUGACAGGCUCCAUUAAACUUUUUUAAACUUUAAUAUUGGCUACUUUUUUUUCAAUUUCAUUUAAUCUCAAAUGUUCCUUGUCACCUAAAUUUCCUUUCCCUUUUCCUACUCUCAUGCCCCAGCCUUCCCAUUUGCUACCCAUAUACAAAGUAAACGUUUAAGAUGCACUGUUCCCUAUGAACAGAAUGGGGAAUAAUUUCUUAAAAAGGAAAAAUAGGUUUAGCACGUAGGGUUUUGAAGCCUUUUUUGUGCCAGUUUCAAAGCAAAUCAUGGAAGAUUGCCUUUGUGUGUGAUUUUUUAAAAAAAAAAGCUCUUAAAAGACAUUAUUUUUUGGUCUUCUAAGAACAGUGUACAUUGAGCUUAAUUGAUUUAUUUUGGGAAACCAGAACCGUUUUUUUACCUUGCUUGAUCCUUUGGUCUUUUAACCCUCACAGUUGAUCAAUUCUGUUUCCCUGUAGACAGACCUUGGCAUGAAUGGGUUCAGUACAUCCUAGACUACAGUGACCUGAGUUUAGCUAAAUAUUAAAAACUUAAAAUCAUAAUGUCUUAAGAAAUAAAACAUUUAGUGGAAAACUCAUUUGGCUGAAACUGAAGUCUUGCAGUCAAAUUCUUAAAUGUGGUUUACCCAAUGAGUAUAAUAUAUAUACACUUUAAAUCAUAAACUUAAUAAAUAUUUAACAAAACAAAACAAAACAAAACAUUGGGGCCUGUCUUUAGUUUUGUUUUGGACCAUCAUACUUGGAUCAUUAAUUGAUAUAAUGAACAAAUGUAGUUAAUUCCUAAAGGAAACCAAAGUCUGUUAAGUUAUGCCAGGCUAAUAGAAUUUAUUGAUCAAAGUUUUUGGUGAUUUUUUUUUUAUGCCUAGAUUUGCAUAUUCAAGGUGUGUAAUUUGAAUAUCUAAAAGCCAAAGAGCUAUGGAAAAUUUUUAAAGUACUAUUUUCUUGGGAUAAGAAAAAGAUAGUUAAGAUUUAAUUUGAAGAUUUAAUGAACUUCAUAGUGGGGUAAAAGUGAAAAUGCCAUGAAAUGACUUAAAUGGGGGCGAGUGUAGACACUUAUUUUAGAAAAUCAGAGUAAGAAUAUGGUUGGAGGUUUGAUAUUUAACACAAUUGUGAGGAGUCACUGUUAUUUGAAUAAGGCACUUAAUUUAGAAAAUCAGAGUAAAGAGAUGGUUGGAGGUUUGAUAUUUAACACAAUUGAGGAGUCACUAUUCUUUUAAUAAGGCACUCAUUUUAGAAAAUCAGAGUAAAGAGAAUAUGGUUAGAGGUUUGAUAUUUAACAUUAUUGAGGAGUCACUGUUCUUUGAAUAAGGAGCAGUGAGCAAAGCCUUACUUGAGGAUUAAAAAUUAUUGAACAGCAUUAUGUAUUGAAAACAAAAAUGCCAAGAAAGUGAUCAUUUAGAAUCUAAACAGCAGCUUUAAGUUUGGAAAGUAAUAUUGAACAGGAAGUUGACACUUUGUAGUUAUAGAUACAGUUGAGUACAAACUUUUAAAAUAUUUUUACUUGAGGUUAACAGAUUGUCACUUUUCACUGGCUUUUUUUGUAGGGAUGGUAACCUCUGGCCUUAAUUUGCCCAAGGUCACACAGUCCCUUAUUGAUAGAGCUGAGAUAAAAAAACCUUAGGUUUCUUGAUUUCCUAGUCAUUUCUCCUUGGCUAAUGCUGCCUCAAGAAGGGUUCUUUACUUGCCAGUUACCUCUGGCAGUUGCAACUUGCUCCCAUUUCAGUUGUUUGCCACCCCUCCCAAUUUCAGUGGUAGUUUCUUACAAUCUACAUUAAUGCCCUCAACUUUUUGGCAGUGGUAGGAAUGAUUACUUUUCUAAACUUGGAGAAACAUUUCUUUUAAAUCGCAAGCUCCCCUAGUGUAGAGGUUAAAUGAAUGUAGUCUGAACCAGACUAAAAUGUAAUUGAGAAGUGUUUAACAAAAUGAAUAAUAAAAUACCACAUAAUGUUAAUUUGUGGUAUUACAAAUAUAUGUGCCACUUGCAGGGAUUGCGCUAGUGUAUUUUUUUAAUUGCACAUAGUACUGCUAGGUAAUAAUCCCAAUCAUUGUUCUUAAAUCAAUUUAUGUGCACUUGAUAUUAUAGUACAACUUUCCAUACUCCACAUUUUUUCAGGGGUUAAGUUGAGACAACCCAAUCCUGACAAAAUCUAGGAGGCAGGGAAGGCACUUCUACUUCCUGGUGCUUAACUCUCCCCUGCUCCUUCUCUCCAUUCUGCCAACUUUCUGCUUAGAUUUGUUCUUACCAAAUACCCUGCUUCUCUUCCUUCCCACCUUGCCCCCAUAUAAAAUCCUUUCCCUCCCAUAAAAAUUUAGUAUGAAAAUUUUCACUCCUAUAGCUUUGAGCAAGGUGUCAUUUGUCUGUGAAGAAGUAGAAUUUAACUUAAAAGAUAAAUCUGUUAAAGCAAAAAGGGAGGUUAUUUUGUACAAUUCCUUCAUUUACAGGAGUGUGACCCCACAAGUUAAUAGCAAGUGAGUGAUAGAGCCAAGACUCCAAAGCCAAGAAACUAGAACUUGUGUCUUAUAUAUCCUAGUCUGGUCUGAUGCCCUUUUUAUAUCAUACUGCUAUUUUUAAAAACCAAUCAUUGGUCUGUGAGAGAAAUACUUUUGAGUGGGGAGCCAGUAUUUUUAUGCCCCUUGCUGUCUUUAGGCAUGGUACAGAGGGAAGAGCACUGGCUCUGAAGUUAGAGGAUCUGGUUUAAAAUUCCUCUUGAUGUAUAAUACCUUUUUGACUUUGCACAAGUUUACCCAAUGUCCCCAGGCCUCAGUUUCUUCAUUUGUAAAAUGACUUGGUUGGAUUAGCCUGUGAAGUUCCUUUUCAGCCCUAGAUCUAUGAUCUUAAAAUAUUAUUCAUAUCUGUCACUAUGCUUUCUGGAACAGGAUGAACUGGUGAAUCAGAGGUGGGUUGGUGUGGUCAUGAGGCAUUUUCCAAAGAAAAGCUAUUUUCUAUCUGGUCUAGUAGGGGCCAGUUUAGAGCCCCUCAUCCCUUUCUUUUAAUACUUUAGUGUUCCCAUAUAUGCUAAUUGUAUGCCUGCUAAUAGAAGAACAUCUGUAACUGGAGGCAUUGUUUCAAGUUGCACUUUUUUAGGAUUCUAUCCUCUGUGAGAGUUUGUUGUAAUAAAUAAAUGCGUAUACUGUAACUUAAUAAAUGCGAUUAAUUUGGAAAAUGAA